CUCAUCUAAACAUCAAAAUCAAAAUGGCGACGAAUGCUAAAGGAAACGUGAAACACCUUGUUGUGGAUUCGGCUGGAUUUAUUAGAAACAUCGAACUCCUUACCCUUGGGGAGCGAAUAUACACUAUAAAAGAAGUUGUGCAAGAAAUACGAGAUGCAGCAACGAGACAGAGAUUAUCUGUCUUGCCGUACGAGUUGAUUUUCAGACAACCUUCGACAGAGGCCAUCAAAGCUGGUUCAGAUAUCUAAAGGUCAGAACUUGCACAAGAUUCCAGGAUUUUACACAGAAAAGAAUGACCCUAGUGCUCCUUCAAAUAAUGAUGCCGAAAUGUCAGAAUCCCAAGCAGCAGAGGGUGAUGGUGAGGGUGAUGAUGAUGAUCCAGUUGGAAGUGACAGUGGUAAAACACUUGAGGAUGAAAUAGAAGAAAUUUCUACUCUUCCUGGUUGUAGUAUAUCAGAACAGCAGCAACAGUUAGGGUUGUCCUCAACAGCUGGUAAUGUGACAGAAGUGUCCAGGAAUUUACCACAGGACUCAGUGAGAAGCUCCAGCACCUCAGGGAAAAGCCUGCAAGUCAUUCCUCCCAACCAACAAGCAGCUGUUGCACCAGAAGCAAUGGAUGUCCAAGAAGUAAAUAACCAAGCUGAUGACCUAGGAGAAGAUGAGGGUUUUGUUGAAGAAGAUGAAGAGGGUUGGAUCACGCCAGAAAACAUCCGAGCAAUACAAGAUGAGAUGGGCCACAAUAGACUAGAUGCUUCACCAGCCAAUGUGGAAGUGGGAUGUUUAACUACAGAUUUUUCAAUGCAGAAUGUUCUGAUACAAAUGGGACUGCAUGUUGUAUCUGUGGAUGGAAUGCUCAUACGAGAAGCAAGGAGUUAUGUACUCAAGUGUCAUGCUUGUUUUAGAGUCACGCAUCAGCUACAGAAGGUGUUUUGUCCUUGGUGUGGAAAUAAAACAUUAAAGCGUGUUACUAUGACGAUAGAUGAAAAUGGCGUCACACAUUAUAACAUGUCAAAUAGAAAAAGACCCUUCAAUAUCAGAGGCAAAAAACAUCCCUUGCCACUCCCCCAAGGGGGUAGAUUUGCUGACAAUCCAGUCCUUGUUGAAGAUCAGCCAGGAGGUCAACGCCGACUUCCAUCCAAACGAGACAAAGUUGAUGCCAUGGACCCUGAUUUUGUGGCAAGGUCCUCCCCAUUCUCAAGUCAUGACAUCAACAGCCGAGCUGUUCAGCACGGCUUUCAUGUAAAAGAAAGAAAUUGGAACAGACGAAACCCAAAUGAGGUGGUGAAGAAUUCUAGACGAAGUAAAAAGAAGUGAAAUCUUCAUCAAUAAUAUAGCUAUUGAUUUUUUAUUUCCUCAUUAGAGGCAAAUGUUUUUCUAGGUACUAGACCUCCUGUUUCAGCCAUUCAGAUGACUGGAACCAAGUUUCCCAGCACUUGCCACAUAUUUCAUUAGUAUAAGAAUGAAUGGAGGCAGGCRAAAGGGUUCUUUCAUGUGAUGUCCACACAGUAUUAAAUUUAUUUGUUUUCCAUCACCUAA